AGCGGCAGCGGCAGCGGCAGCGGUACACACGCGCACACACACACGGGGAGAGGAGCUGACCGGCGUGUGGUUUUAUUUUGAUGUCGUUGUGAGUCUUGCAAGGAUCAGAUCUGCACCUUUACCAUGGCUCAGAUUCUCCAUCUUGAAAUUCCAAAUUUUGGGAACAAUGUCCUGGGAUGCCUGAACGAGCAGCGGUUGAUGGGGUUAUUUUGUGAUGUCUCCAUUGUGGUCAAAGGUCAAGCCUUCAAGGCACAUAGAGCUGUGCUGGCUGCCAACAGCCUCUAUUUCCGCGACUUGUUCAGUGGCAACAGCAAGAAUGCAUUUGAGCUACCCGCCACUGUGCCGCCCACCUGCUUUCAGCAAAUCCUUUCCUUCUGUUACACCGGCAAACUUACCAUGGCGGCCAGUGAGCAGCUGGUGGUGAUGUACACAGCAGGCUUCUUGCAAAUACAGCGUAUUGUUGAGAAAGGGACUGAGCUGAUGUUCAAAGUGAGCUCCCCGCACUGUGACUCUCAGACGACCUCCAUAGAAGAUGCUGUCUCUGAACCGCAAAGUCCUUGUCCCCUCCAGCCACCUGCCACCUUGACCGUUGUGUCCCCAAUUUUGCCCAUUCCGCUGCUUUCCCGGGUGAAGAGUGAGCAUUGCGAGCCAGAUCUGAUGACACCUGGUAUUCAUGCUCUCACCACAAAGCGUGAUGGUUCCAAUAACCAUCACUGUUCAACUCCUUUGAAGUUACCUAGAGUUUCCUAUCCUGGAACAUGGGGUGCCACUACCUUUGUACAGCCAGUAAACUAUGCUCCAGCAGAACGUUCAAGUCCAGGUGGAAGUAGUAAUCAGACGACAGACAGUCCAACCUCUUACCAGAAUGAAGAGGAGGAAGAUGAGGAUGAAGCGUAUGAUACCAUGACAGAGGAUCAGUAUGGACAGAUGUACAUCAAAACAUCAUCAGGAUACCCUGCACAAGAGAAAGUUGCACAGUUAACAAACCACAUGACGGUGGAAAAUCGUUCUUGUGUGCUUGUCCGUCGUGAUCUGGUUGCUCUUCCUGCCAGCCUCAUCAGUCAGAUUGGUUACAGAUGUCACCCCAAGCUGUACUCUGAGGGUGAUCCUGGUGAGAAACUAGAACUUGUCUCUGGUUCUGCAGUUUAUAUCACCCGGGGUCAAGUGAUGAACUGUCACCUCUGCGCUGGGGUCAAACACAAGGUGCUCCUUCGCCGCCUGCUUGCCUCAUUCUUUGAUCGCAACACAUUGGCAAAUAGCUGUGGCACUGGGAUCCGUUCCUCCACCAGUGACCCUAGUAGAAAGCCUUUGGAUAGCAGGGUCUUGAAUGCAGUAAAACUAUAUUGCCAGAACUUUGCUCCCAAUUUCAAAGAGAGCGAGAUGAAUGUGAUUGCUGCUGACAUGUGCACUAAUGCUCGACGGGUUCGCAAGCGCUGGCUGCCCAAGAUUAAAUCGAUGCUGCCUGACGGGGUGGAGGUGUACCGCACUGUGAUCGGAGAUGCAGGUGGCGGAGACAGUUUGGACCCUGGGCUGUAUGGAACUGGGUUGGCAUUUGAGCAAAAUGGUCAAGCUGAGAAGCGUAGCGAUCCUGGGGCUGUACUCGGAGAAAGAACAAACCCUGCAAGCAUAGACGUGGAGUCCCCCAGCUCCAACCAGUCGUGUGAACAGAAUGAAAUGGUAGAGUCGGUAAUAAGAGAAGCGGCUGGCACUAAUAAUUUGGCUCCCGACACGCCCAACACGGGCGCCACUUUUGAUCAAGAUGAAGCUUCCUCCAAUAAUAGAUCUGAAACAGCCAUGCGGAAACUGGAUGGAACAUAUGCAGGGACCUUGUGAAGAUUUCCACUGCCAAAAGAAAACGCAUCAUGGUAAUUGAAAUGGCUUGCAUGCAUACUAACCCUCUCAACAUUUGGCAGUGUUAUUAAGCCACUGACCUGUACCUGUUGCCUGAAGACAUGACUUUUAUCCAAUCUGUAUACAAAUUGCCAUGAAGGAAUGAAGACGCCUUUUUAACAGUGAAAUAGAUGUUUCUAAUUCGACUUGUCUUGCCGGGGCGACGUCAGAGUUUGUAUUCUCUCCCCAUCAAAUGUCACAAUUAAGGAGCAGCCAGGUGGCUUGAAAGUUACCAUUGAUGCUGGUAUAUGUAGCCCUGGUCGUUUUAGCACUGUUGGUCCAUUAACAGACUCUUAAAUGGAACUGACCUUCUAAAAACACACUAACUGUGAUGGGAUUGAAAAGUAGAAUUUAAAAUAAAAUUAUGUCCUCAUCGACGUCUCAAUAUCUGCUCUCCUCUAAAAACCAUGACGACCGUGGUUACUACUGAGUGUGCACUAGCUUAUCUAGUUGAAGAUCAAUAUUUAGCAUAAUCUGACUGAUUAUAUUUUUUUCCGACACUUGCAUAUAAAUAUGUAGCUAUAAGUGAUGCUAUAAGAAGAAUGAUUGACUGAAUGACUUUGGGCUCGGAAGGAGUUUUGAAGAUUUCCAUUGAUGCCGACUGGUAACAUUUUGAGCAUUUUACCCUGUCAGAGGGCAGGGGUUCCAGGAUCCCAGGUUGGAUGUUAAUCCUUCACUCAUUCCUUGAAGUCAGGUGGUACUGCUGUUGGGCUGGACUAAGGCGUGAUGGGGAAGACGUCCAAGCAAAACCUUAAAAUAAGCAUAAAGGUUUAAGUUGUGCAAGGGGUUUGCAUGAUGUGACGAGAUUGAACAUUGAUCAUGCUUAAGACAUAGAUUGUCAUAAAAUGUUACUUAGAUUGUAUACAUGCAGAAACAUGUGCCUUAGACAUUUGAUUUACUCUUCCAAGAAAGAAUCCCAUCAUAUUUUGCUGAUUGUUUUGUUAAUUGUAAAGAGCACCCAUAGUAUUUAAUUGACGACAGUAUUUAUGUAUAAAUACAUAUUUGUUCACUGGUGUGUGAAUUUUCCCAAUAGUUCCUCUUUUUGUUUAAGCAACUUUGGCACAAACCAUGCCAUUAAUAUGACUGUUGGCUAAAUGCACUUCGUGGAAAGUAUUUUUGUUUUUCUAAUGAAACUGACCAUUCCCCUAACACAAGAAUGCAGGAGUGCCAUUUGAAAGUUUGGCUCCUUGACCCUUUCAACUUGAAUAUUUUGGCUUUCACUGUUCUGAUGCACUUUAUUGUACUUGGUAUGUUAUCAAAGAUUCUCAGCAAGCAAGCAUCUUCUAAAAUUGUUGAUUUUUCCUCGCCCCCCCCCUUUUUUUGAAGAUUAGUUGUUCAUUUUUGCUUACAUUACUAAAACAAGAUGUAAUUUCUUUGCGAGGGUGAUGGCAAUGAUGUCAUUGCCCGAACACUCCAGAAUGCUGAUUUUCCUGCUUGUGGUUCAUUGAUAUAUAUUUAACAUUCUCCUUCCGACAGAUUCGUGUGGUUAGAUUACUGAAUAAAGUCCUGGGGCAGUCCAGUAUAUUUUCUUACCUUUGUUCCUUUCCAGUAAAAGACCAAUAAUAGUUUACUGGAUAUAAUCAUUUAUUACUUUCUUUAAAAGCUAAACGUAAUGCUCUCGGGUAACUUGAGUGUUGUGCGAUAUAUCUUAAUUUACACUUUUGUUCACAGGAUAGAUGGUUAGCUGCUCCAAAAAUACCUUUCCCCCCUUUUGAGGGGAAGGACUGGCUACCAUUAUUCAUUCUCCCUUUGAAUCUGGCAGAAUAUGCUGCAACUUCCAUCUCUUUCCCUCUUGAGUUCAAAAGAUUGAAAACCUAUGUCUUCCUGCUGUAUUGCCCCAAAUGUGGGAGAUUAUGCGAACCGAUCAUGUGUUCUGCCGUUCAAAAUGACACACUACCAUUUCUGCUUGUGAUAGAGACACUUGUGCACUAUGGGUUUGGAUUUGGUUAAUGUAGGGCUGAACUCAAGGAACUGUUAGAAGGGCCCGAUGAUUCCAUUUGAGUUUUUCCAGUUUGGGGGGGUAAACAAUGCAACUGCUCUCAAUACUGAACUGAACGCAAAAUACUGAAGUGCAGGUGCCCACCAUAAAGAAUAUAAAUGCCCACCCACCACACCUGCCUGUAGUGGCUGUUUAUAUUCUUUAUGGCAAGCGUCUGUCCAUUCCAUCCACAGAUGCUGUCUGACCUGCUGAGUUCCUCCAGCACUUUGUGUUUUGCUCAGGCAUCCAGCGUCUGCAGUUCCUUGUCUCUUCUCCCCUCAAUACCAUUUCUAUGUGCCCUUUUCAUUUGGGCAAGAGCACACAAGUGUGAGCAAGUCGCAUUUAGUCUUUCCAGCAAUUAAGAUCAUUUUUCUGCCAGGUUGGAUUUAAUGGUCAACUGGCAUAUUGGUUUUGGAAAAAAAAACCUUUGUAUAUUUAAACCAGGAAGGUCUCAAAACAUCUAUACCACAGUGGAACAUUUCAUCUUAGGUCGGCAUGGACAAGCUGGCUGAAGAGCUUUGCUCCACGCUCAAUGACUUUAUGACUUGUGAUCACAUGCCUCACCUCGUCUUCCUGCCCAUCAAUGCACUAAUGUUAAUGAUGGCAAUUGCUUUUAUGGAAUACUGGUCCAAUUCUAAUAAAGUGCUGGUGCAACUCAUUUCUUUGACUCCUCCCCCCCCUUCCACCCUGCUCUUCUAUGUUCUACUCACUAUCUUGCGGGCAAACUUGCCAUAAUCCCAGCAUGGCAAAGGCAUGUUUCAUACUGAAUUGCUGACCUUGAACUACAUUGUCCAGCACAAUAUCAAGCCUUGAACUUAGUAGAGUAAAAAUUAUAAACCUCCCAUUUAGAAAAAAAAAAGGACAAAUGAUGGAGCAACACUGUUAGAAAUAUAACCAAAUAUACACUAACAUUUAAAAAAGUAAAUGUUAUGCUUUAUCCUUUGAUCUUGCAGUUAAAAUACAUCAGUUGAAUGGAACAGCAGAGACAGCGGGAGGACAAAUUAUAGUCUUUGGUGUAGGAUUCAAGAACUACAGAGUAGGUGCUUUCCAAAGAUGAUAUGAACCCCACGUUGCAGUGUUGCACACUACCUUUUUUAUUUCAACCAUUGGAUCAACAAGGCACCUUCAUAUAUAAAGGAGAUAAUUUCUGAAAAAUACAUAAAUCAUUGAAGUCAGUAGAUUCUAUCUUCAUGGCUACCCUGUUCUUGAAGAUGGUUUCAGGAUUAAUAAUCGGAUUCACUGGGGGGAAAUAUUCUGAUAAGACAUGCUUUUGUUAAAAGAUAAUCCUCCUAUUUUGGCCUGAGGGAAGCAAUCUUGCAUCAUGUUUUGAUUUCACCAAGCGCCCUGCCUUACCAAAUGGAGGAUGUAUGCAACCCAAUGGUUUGGAAGCACUCCAAGAAAUUUCCUGUGCCUAAAAGCUUUAAGUUAAACGGUGCUUUGCAAUGUUGGGCCUGAAUGGAUCAAAUGACAAAUAGUUAAAAAUACAACUCUAAAAUUACAAAAUAAGAAUAACUUGGUGAGCAUGAAUUAUGGCGUAGGAUGUUAAAAUUAUCAAUAUAACAAAAUAUAAUUUGUGGUAUUGUAGUAGUUCUGGUACUUAUGUUGAAAUGGAUGUUAACUACUAGAUUUUCCAGCUGGUAUUUGGAAGUAGUAUUAACUCAAUGAAGAUGAAAAACACUCAAUUAAAAUGGAAUAACUGCAGCUCAAAAUUUUGCAACUCAAGGUUUGAUGUGAGGGUAUUUGAAUCCUCGAAUGUAGGAAACCUAAUUUUUAACAAAUUAUUCUUCAGUUAACUGCAGAACAUCAUUAAAAUUGCACUAAACUACAGUGAUCAGGGAUGAAAAUGAAACAGUUUCAAAUUCCUGGCAUUAAAUACCAGGAAUGAAAUGGUGCAGUGGGUGAUGGAGGGGAGAGGAGGAGAAUGAAGGAGCUAGAAGUGACAUCUGAUGGACUCUGCCAAAAGAUUUAAAAAAAUGUAAUUGUGCAUCAGCCGCAUUAACGUUUUCUAACUGCACUAUUUCUAGACCAUUAACGCAGCUGUCAGGAACCUAUUGAGAGAUUUGCUGAUUCAAACAUUCACACGAUUGAAAAAAAAAUGUCCCUCUUAGUUUUCUGAAAUCACCAGUAGAUUUUCACAAGUCUGAUUCAGUAGAGAGGUAUUUUCACAUGCUGUGAAAAAAGGGUGCUUUUUCUGCAUGCACUUGUGAAGCAUGUGAGCCAACUAAUAUUUUUAAUACAAAGCUUUAUCAAGUUUCACAUACUAGUUCGUCUGAAGAGGUUCAAUGUUUUACUCAUUUUUAAGCUUUUUUUUUGCUGUACAGUUUUGUUUAAAAGAUGAAAUCCACAGACGAUAACAUUUAUGAAAUCACUAAAUUUAUAAUCCAUGUUAUCUAAGAACUGAACUUUGCAGGCGGGAUGUUUUGGGUGACGUUAAUCAAUAAAGUCCUGGUCUGUUUCCUGCACUUAUCAACAAAUCCCAUUUUGGAACCAUUUAAUUCCUACAAACAGUUGGGAGCAGUGUGGAGCUGGUAGAGCUGCUGCCUCACAGAUUUGGAGACCUGCAUUUGAUCCUAAUCCCGGGUGCUGUCUGUGGAGUUCUACAUGGUCCCCUUGACAAUGAGAGUUUUCUCCAGGUGCUCUUGUUUCUCCCACAUUUCAAAGACUUGCAGGUUUGAAUGGUUAAUUGUAAAAUUGUCCCUUGCGUAGGGACAAGAUGAGAAAGUGGGAUAACAGACCUAGGGCAAAUGGGCAUUGUGGACAUGGGCCAAAGGGCCUGUUUCCAUGCUGGAUCUCCAAACUAAACAUCUAGCCGCUUUGACUAAUGUGUUGACAAAUCAUUUCACUUGGCAUCAAGAAACUCUAGUCACAAUCCUUUUUUUUAAUUUUGAAAUUACCGUUUAUUUUUUUGCAACAAACUGUAAUGGGAUCUUUUAACAUACUAAUUUCCCCAAAUGGGCCUGGUUCCUAAUCAAUGGAAUUCUUUAUGGUGGGCGUUAGCAGGCAGCACACUCUUCAUGUAGCUUUCAACACACCACCAAUGUGUGAAACGCAUCCUUUGUGAUUGUACUAUUUUAUUUUAAAGGUACAAGGAACAGAUGCUUCUGCCUUUGGGAAUCGCAAAUAUUACUUAUUUGAAAGCUUGUGUAUUUUAAAUGUACUGUAGAUUUAUGAAGAUAAUUGUCCCAUGUUUGCAAUGCUGGUUUAGGGGAUUUGUCAAGUUGGUACAAGAAUUACAUUGUCUUUGUGUUGACGCUUGAAAUUGGAACCCUGAACCUAUUCAAUGUGUUUUUCAAAUACAUCUGACAGGGAAGCUUCCAAGGUAGGAAUAAAGUGAAGACAUCUCUAGAUCUGCUGAGUGAACAGAACUUGGUCUGGUUAGCAGGACUUAUGAUGUGAAAUCCAGCCACUUCGAGUUAAAGAUACUGUUAAUGUUAAAAGACACAAAGUGCUGGAGUAAUUCAGCAGAACAGGCAGCAUCUCUGGAGAAUAUAGAUAGGCGAUGUUUUGGGUUGUGGCCCUUCCUUUCCUGACCAGAAACAUCACCUAUCCAGAGAUGCUAUCGGACUUGAUGAGUUACUCCAGCACUUUGUAUCUUUUUUGGUAAACCAACACCAGCAGUUCUUUAUGCCUACUGUUAACGUUGGGUUGGUUUGUUGUUGAAUUGGGUUUUUUGUUCUCUCCCUUUAACCUGCUCUGGGCAGCUGGCAUCUUCUGGCACAGCUGUUGUGUGAAACUGAGUAUCAUAAGCAUGUUCCCCACCAGCAUCUAUUGAUUGCUGAAGAGAGUUAGCAGGUAUCCCCACUAAUCAUUAACUCCGUGCUUCCUCGCUCACCCAGCUACACAAUCCAACUCUACAUUUACGAUCGAGAGAGCAAUUGGGCACAAAUCAAACUAUCCUUGCCGUAGUUCAGUAUUCCACCAUAAAGAAUUGAGAAACUGCUUUAUAUAGAAUGAGAACAACUUUAAGAAUUGGAGAGUAUUAAUUUCAAAAUCCUUGGAAGGUGUGAGGGCGAGAAAAAAAAUGUGUUGCAAGCUUGUUUUUAUUUAAUAUGAAGUUGGUGUUUAAACAUUGACAUCAGUCACACCUCCUCCAAACAAAACAGUUCAUUUAUUUUAAUAACUGCUUAUGAACUGAAAAAUGCUCAGUCCUUGUACUGCAGUCAGAUCUUAUCAAAAUUAUUUUAAUUUAACUCCAUAGCAAUCGGCUGACUGCAUUUUUUUUUCAUAUCAGAACUGCAGUUUUGGCUCAAAUAUGUUUGUAUACGAAGUGUUCAUCACAUUAGCAAAAAUACAAUUUCUAUUUUGUCCAGUCUCAAUCUGAUACAUUGACUGUUCAUUCCCUUCACAAAUGCUGCUUGACCUACUGAGUUCAUUCAGCACUUUGUGUUUUGCUCUAGAUUCCAGUAUCUGCAGUUUUUGUUUAGAAAAGGUUCAUAAACUGCAUAAAUGGAUCACCACUUCAUGAUCUAUGAGCAUAUCUUAUAUUGAUCUUUUUUCAACAGACUUUGACCCAAAAGCUCUUCCCUGCCCCCUCAGUGUAAUUUCUAACUGAGCAAAGCAACAAGAAAAUGCUCAAAUGGAGUAUUUAGAUGUGGGGUAGCAACAAGGUCACAGUCUAUUGUAACUUUUGACACCCUCCAAUGCAGUACUGACGGACUAUUGAAGUAUUGAAGAGGCAUCUAGCCAAACUCUCUAACUUGAGUUAAUGUUCUGAAAGACUUUGCCAUGAGGAGCUUCAGGAUUCCCUGAGAAAGAAAUUCUGUUUAUUUUAUGCUACAGAAUGGAAGAUUGUUUGAUUUUGAGGGAACUUUGUCUGUCUUGUAAUAUUUUCAAAGCAUUCAUACUGAUUUGUUUUCAUUUUGCUUGCCCUACCUCUUUCAAGUUUGUGAAGCAGAUCUAUCAAAACCUAACACUGCAACUUUAAUAGCAACAUAAUUGGAGAAACCUUUCGGCACCAAAGCAAACAAUAAGGCCUCACGCUUGUUUAAACUAACAUAUCAGGAUGGAAGAAAUGUUGUAUGUUUCUGUAUGCUUCUUUGAUUAAAACUGGGAAAGUGUUCAUUGUGAAAAAAAUAAUUUAAGAGAUUGCCUGACCUGCAGCGGGUUUGUAAAAAUUAAUUAUUUUUAAAUUACACUGUAAAAUGUCUGAGCCAUUUCAACGCAUUUGCACCUUUAAGUUCGAGGAAAGAUUGUAUAGAUAGAGCUGCCUUACUGAAAAUGGCACUGUUGGGACUGUUUCUCCAGCAAGAUGACUGUUAAAUUCUGGGACUGUUUCUAGAUUUGGCCAAGAUUUAACGUGUUCAAUAAAAGUAACACACUUGAACUGUU